AUGGAAGCGGUCUCUCGCGAGUCUGGCGUUUCCACUAAUUUCUGGGCUGAUCUUGCAUCGAGGUUCUGGGCUUGUAUUACUUGGUUCUCCUUUUCUUCUUUUCUCCCGUCUUUGUUCUUCUCUAUUUCCUCCAUCAUUCCUCUUCAGCUCUUUCUCCGGUCCUCCCCCCUCCCGUACCAAUUCUUUCCCCCUUCCGCGGUGACAUGGAUAUGGAACAUAUUUCUAUUAAUUGCGCCGCACAUGUUGUUUGUGCGGUUGAUGACGAUGACGAUGAUAAUGGACCUCCGCUGGACAUGCUAUCCUGCUCACACUCCUUCACCUGCACUCUUCACCAUCUCCUUCUUCACAGUGUUAGUAAGACGGCAUUUUUGGAAAGAAUAUUACAACGCUAAGGCGGGGAAGCGGGAGGAUGGCUACAUCAGACUGAAAAGCGAGUUGAAUUCAUGCGCAGGCACUCGCGGCACCGUGUCCCCAAUAGGGCAUGUUGUCUCAAUAGGCGAGCUUCUUCCCACCUGA